UCCACUAAAGAUCUACCCAGCAACAAUUCCUCUCACAGAAUUACUUAUCAUUAACAAUAAUAAACUGCUGAACAAAUUUCCUCAAUCUCUUUCCCCCCUCACGAAGGGGUAAUUAUUUACUGAAGAAAUAAGUAGCACUCUAUUGUACAAUGGAGAGGGGGCAACACUAUUGUUCAUAAAUCUCAACUCGAUUCAAGUGGAAGCAGUAGCUGUACAGUGUCAAUGAGUAGAAACAUCACCUUGAAGAAAUUCACUUGAGUUUAUUGUGUGGAAAAAUUACUGAAUUGAGCAACAAGUGAAAGAUGAACGUUGAUGAAUUUCGCGUGAGAGGAAAAGAGAUGAUAGAGUAUAUUUGUGACUAUCUGAGAACACUGGAGGGAAAGAGAGUCACUGCCAACGUGGAUCCGGGCUAUCUGAGACCUCUACUUCCCAGGGAAGCGCCGACCAAGCCGGAAUCCUGGGAUGACAUCAUGAGAGACGUCGAGAGCAAGAUUAUGCCUGGGAUAACCCACUGGCAGCACCCGCGCUUUCACGCUUAUUUCCCAGCAGGAAAUUCAUUCCCCUCCAUCCUGGGAGACAUGCUGUCAGACGCCAUUGGCUGCAUUGGCUUCUCCUGGGCAGCGAGUCCAGCAUGCACGGAAUUGGAAACAAUAGUCCUCGAUUGGUAUGCCAAAGCUCUGAGUCUGCCAUCAACAUUUCUAUCAGAACCUCAUAAUUCAAAAGGUGGAGGAGUCAUUCAGGGAUCAGCCUCGGAAUGUAUUUUGGUGACAAUGCUUGCAGCUAGAACUCACACAAUAAAGCUCUUAAAGGCAAAGGAACCGUUGACCGAGGACUCGGCAUUUCUUCCAAGAUUAGUAGCCUACUGCUCGAUGGAGGCGCACUCCUGCGUGGAGAAGGCAGCGAUGAUAUGCUUGGUGAAGCUGCGAGUCCUGGUGCCAGACGAAAAGUGCUGUCUCAGAGGAGAGGCACUGGAGGAUGCCAUUGACGAAGAUGUCAAAGCCGGUCUCGUGCCAUUUUUUGUUUCGACAACACUGGGCUCCACUGGCUGUUGUUCCUUUGAUAAUCUCGAGGAAAUCGGUCCCAUCACUCGACGAAAGCGCAUCUGGCUUCAUGUCGAUGGCGCUUACGCUGGCAACUCUUUCAUCUGCCCUGAGCUUCGUUAUCUCAUGAAUGGAAUUGAAUAUGCUGAUUCAUUCAACACCAAUCCAAAUAAAUGGCUACUCGUCAACUUCGAUUGCUCUUGUCUGUGGGUACGUGACAGAGUUAAACUUACAUCAGCACUUGUUGUUGAUCCCCUCUAUCUCCAGCAUGCCAAUGCAUCCGAGUCAAUUGAUUAUCGCCACUGGGGCAUUCCACUCAGUCGAAGAUUCCGUGCCCUCAAACUGUGGUUUGUCAUGCGCACUUAUGGUAUCAGUGGCCUUCAAAAAUAUAUCAGGAACCACAUAAGACUGGCGUGUCGAUUCGAAAGACUGAUGAGAAAGAAAAAGAGAUUUGAAGUUAUGAAUGAAGUCAAGGUUGGACUGGUGUGCUUCAGAUUGAAAGAGAGCGAUGAGAUUAAUCAGGAGCUAUUGGCGAAUAUCAAUGCCUCUGGCAAGCUACACAUGAUUCCCUCGAGGAUGAGCGGCAAGUAUAUCAUCAGAUUCUGCGUCACCAAGGAGAAUGCUAACGAGGAUGAUAUUGAUUUCGCCCUGGAGAUUAUCGAAGAGCACGCCAACGAGGUGCUACUUGCUCAUAAUGAUAGCGGUGAUGCUGACCUUAUGGCCAAGAGCCCCAAGAGUCCUGCACCACUGGACAAAAAACUCGUCAGAAAAUUCAGCUUCACCAGAAGUGUCACCAGAGAUGUUUACAAAAGAACAAAAUCCAAGUCCGCUCUGCAUGAUGGAGCAACACCCAUUAUGGUCGUUGAGGAUGGUAAUUCACAGGUCGACAAUGCUGAGGAUGAAGCACGCUGUAGCAGCCGGUAGAACGCGAUAAGGCUUACGGUGCCGAGUAGUGAUCAGUAUUUAGAGGUAACGUGAGCCAGGGCUGUAGAUAGGCUUUUCAAUUAUCGCGAUGAUCUCGAAGAAUUGUCAAGCACCAAAGAGGUGCUCAUUUAAUGCGACAGCUCAGAGCGAUUUAUAGAUAAAAAUUUAUUAAUUCGAAAUUUAAAUUUCAAAUUCAAUGGUAUUUGUGAUUUUUUGUCUCCUAGACAUUGGACACCGGUCUCAAGAAGAUCGGUUUCAAUAUGCGUGCUAGAUCUUUGAAUAAUUGGGAAGACUCCGGCGAAUAUAGUCAAUAAGGUGUUAAGAUCCCCUCAUAUUUUGGUCAUAACAAUGAAACACUGUAGUUAGAGAAGAUAAUGUAGCUGAAUAAAUUCGUCUUAUGGUUAAUAAACUCGAGCUGCCAGUAUAACAUAAAUUAGCGAUACGAUAUUAUAAUGAAUAAGAAUUAUGAGUAGCUGUAGGAAUUACAGCACUUUUAGUUGAAUUAUUAGUAAUGUUCCCCUAAUGAGGUGUUAACGAGUUGCCCGUUAGGCCAUGCCAAUCAAUAAUCACAUCAUCUAAUUAAUCGAAUGUAAUGUAAAAGGAAUGAAACAGUUUAAUGGAAAAAUCUAGUGAAAUCGUUUAACAAUUCCAUUGAAUUCCUAGUGAACGCAAAUGGAAUAAAAAUCUCGUACAACUUAAUAACAAGUUCGGUCGGUUUCUCUAUUAAAUAUUUGUGUGUGUGAAUUAUUAAGUGGAAUAAAAAUAACUGGAACUUCAUUUAUCCAUUGUAGAUAGCAUAAUUGUUCUUAACUAUUUGUAAUAAUAAAUAAUAAAUAAUAGGGAAUAUGACCCGGCUGUUUACAUUUAUUACUUCGAAGAAUUCACACAUUUAAUGUCAGCGCGACUAUCGCACGAAUUCAGGAAUGAGG